AUGCUAGAUCUCCUCAUAAUCGGCGCCGGCUUCUCAGGUCUUCAAGCCGCAAUCACCGCACAAAAAGCCGGUAUCUCCGUCUCAAUCCUCGAAGCCCGCGACCGCGUCGGUGGUAAAUCCUGGACUAUCCCUCUCAAAAAUGCCAAAGGAAAGGCAGAUCUUGGCGCAGCUUGGGUCAAUGAUGCGCUCCAGCCCAUUGUAUGGUCUUAUAUCCAACAGUUUGGCCUGGAGGAUCAAAUCGUGAAGCAAAGACUUGGUCAUACGGCUGUUAUGGUUAGUGCGGACGGGGAAAGGAUUGAGUUCCCUUUUGGUAUUACACCUGAUUUUACGCCUGAGGAGAAGAAGAAUCUUGAGAUGGUGAGAGAUCACAUCCAAGCUGAAUCUUUAAAACCUGAUGGCUUCCGGAAAGAAGAUGAUCAGAUUAGUUUAGAUCAAUAUGUCCGUAAUCUCGGCGGCGGUCCCAAAACUCUUGAGAUGGUUAAUCUCUGGGUGAGGGUUAUGCACGGUCUCGAAUCGACUGAAGAAUCAGCAGCUUGGUUUAUCGAAUACUGCCGUACCAACCACGGUCUUCUAGCUAUUCGAGCAGAUGAUCGCACGGGCGGUAAUUACAUGCGUAUCAAAUCUGGUACACAAUCUAUUGCCAAGGGAAUCGCUGAUCUUAUCGGCCAUGAGAACAUUCAUCUCUCAAACCCCGUUUCUUCAAUCGAGCAGACUAAGUCAGGUGUUGUUGUGAGAACUACCACAGGAAAGAUUGUCAAGGCUAAGAAACUCAUCAUCUCGAUGCCUUCCGCUAUGCUCAAAGGGCUUACCUUCUCACCUCCCCUUCCUCAACGCGCACAGGAUGUUUAUAACCACACGAAACUGGGACAUUAUAACAAGGCCAUUGUGUUUUAUAACAAACCUUGGUGGCGCGAUGGUGGCUUUAACGGCUUUUUCAUGGACUUCCGUGGACCAGCAUGCGUUGUACGCGAUACUUCUUUCGACGACGAAGGUAUUUACGGUUUCACUUGUUUCGUCAACGGUAAACCCGGUGAAGAAUGGAGUAACCAGUCCCCUGAGACUCGACGAAAAGUUAUCCUUGAUCAACUCGCCUACGCUCUUAAUUCACCUAAAGCUUAUAACCCACUUGAGUUUAUCGAGCAAGUUUGGCAGAAUGAGGAAUUCAGUCGUGGUGCUCUUGCACCUGUUACAAAGAUCGGGCAUCUUGCGAAGUAUAAGGAUAUUUAUGGAAAACCAGUGGGUGAUGUUCAUUUUGUGGGGACGGAGUAUGCGAGUCAUUGGAAGGGUUAUCUUGAGGGUGCUUUGACGUCGGGAGAUGCUGGGGCGAAGGAGGUUAUUGAGGCGUUGAAAGACCAAUCUCCACUGGCAAAGUUGUAA